UCCUCUCUCCCCAUCCUUGCUCUCUCUCUCAUCCUUGUUUCCUCUCUCCCCAUCCUUGCUCUCUCUCUCAUCCUUGUUUCCUCUCUCCCCAUCCUUGCUCUGUCUCUCUCUCUCAUCCUUGUUCCCUCUCUCCCCAUCCUUGCUCUGUCUCUCUCUGUCAUCCUUGUUCCCUCUCUCCCCAUCCUUGCUCUGUCUCUCUCUGUCAUCCUUGUUCCCUCUCUCCCCAUCCUUGCUCUGUCUCUCUCUCUCAUCCUCGUUCCCUCUCUUCCCUUCCUUGCUCUCUCCGCCUUCACCAUCCUCGUUCUCUCUUUUUCUCCCAUCCUCUCCCCCCCCUCCUUGCUCUCUCCCCCUCUCUGUAGCCGUGCUCUCCCUCUUGUCUCCUUGCUCCAUGUUGUAAGAGAAUGCUGCUGUUCCUGCCUUCUCUCUGACUCUGUUCGUGUUGAUGCUGGCCAGUUGCUGCCUCCUGUUUGCUACGCUGGGAGGGACCAUUCUCCAUUCUCUUGUCAGCAAGUCCUGGAGGCAAUGAAUAUUCAUGAGUAGUUGAGGCAGGGCUGUGCCUUUAGAGCUGUGUGUCUCUCCAGCUUGGCUGGCUUCUUGCUGUAUGGGGGCCCUGGGAUUGUUUUGCAUUGUAUAUCCUUCCAAGGGAUCUUAAAAUCCGGCAUCUCCUCCGAACAGAUCCAUGGAAUAAGAUGUUCACAUCCUGAUCUGCCAUUGUGCUGGAGCUGAGACCCUCUGCAGACAAGCUGAAAAUCAUACAAUACUGCGUGUCUCCACCCCCGAGGAGCUCAGAGAUGGAGGCACCGCUGGUAUGCCUGGACGAGGAGUUUGAGGAUGUUCGUUCUUACUCUGAAGAACGAGAAGACAAAUCUCGGAAUAUUUAUAUAUCCUCUAAUAGACACCUGGAGGAUGCCUCCCUCUCCGAGUUGGAAAACUUCAGCUCCGAGAUAAUUAGCUUUAAGUCCAUGGAGGAUCUCGUCAAUGAAUUUGAUGAGAAGCUGAAUGUUUGCUUUCGAAAUUACAACACCAAAACUGAGAAUUUGGCCCCGGUGAAGAACCACCUGCAAAUCCAAGAGGAUGAGGAGCAUCUGAGAGAUGAAGAGGUCUGGGACGCGCUCACUGACAAUUAUAUUCCGUUAACAGGCGAGAAAUGGAGAGAUCAGAGCCUGGAGUCACUGAACGGAAACAUGUCAGAAUCUGAGUUUCAUGAAAAAGAGGAAGAGGAGCUGAAUGAGAAAAGCGAAGUUGAUUCUGGGAUUAACGAGGAGCCUUUACUCACCGCCGAUCAGCAGGUUAUUGAAGAAAUCGAGGAGAUGAUGCAGAAUUCUCCAGACCCAGAGGAGGAAGCAGAGGAUGAAGACCAGGAAGCUGCCGAUAUAUCAGUUCAUUCUGAUACUGUCCUCCUACAGGAGAUGCAGGCUCUCAGCCAGACAUUUAAUAACAAUUGGUCCACAGAAGCAGGUUUGCAGCACAUGACCAGUAUGGAACUGGCGGAGUUACUGGAGCGGGUGGAACGGGCGAUAUGCGAGUAUUCGGAGGAACUGGUGCAGCAGUUGGCGAGACGGGAUGAGCUGGAGUUUGAGAAGGAGGUGAAGAAUUCUUUCAUCACAGCCCUGAUUGAGGUGCAGAACAAACAGAAAGAACAAAGGGAACUGCAGAAAAAGAGACGGAAAGAGAAGGGGAUGAGCCUACAGAGUAACCGCACAGAAAGAAAUGGGCAGAUGCCAAUGAAGCGUUUCAGCAUGGAGGGGAUCAGUAACAUUCUACAGACCGGGAUCAGACAGACGUUUGGGAAUUCUGGGAGUGAGAAACAAUAUCUGAACACCGUCAUUCCAUACGAAAAGAAACCCAGCCCUCCCUCUGUUGAAGACCUGCAGAUGCUGACAAACAUUCUCUUUGCGAUGAGGGAGGACAGUGAAAAGGUUCCUAUGUUAUUAACAGACUACAUUUUAAAAGUGCUUUGUCCAACCUAAUCCGUGCCAUGGAGUCUGGACCCAGAGGGAGGAUGUCACAGAUCUGGGACUGCAUGGUUUAACAAAGUAUUUCCAUAUUUCAAACCACACAUAGCAUUAACCCAAACAGACGUGGGCCCCAUUACCUACUCAACCUGUACUCACUCUCAUCUUAGAGUAUUCUUUAAUCUGGAAUUAAACCCACAAUUCCUUGUGUUUACACACGUUUCUUGUGUCAUGACAAAAGGAUUCUCCCAGAAUUGUCGCCAUAAAUAACUCCAUCUAGAUCAUUGAACUGAUAACAUGAUCCUAAACCUACAACAUUAUUUGUAGGAAUGAUUAGAAAAAUACACCACCCCAUG